GCACGAUUGCCGCGCAGGAGAGACUACAGACGAAGGGAGGAAUCACCUCCACCAGGCAGCGACAAGAUCCUGACCACGGUCUUGAGCUUGGCAAGUCGGUUGCUGCGAUGAAGGAUUUCUAUGAUGAGGCUCGCCAGAAGAAGGAGGAGAAGGUACGCCGCAAGCUCGACAAGAAGGAGGCGGAGGAGCGGGAGGCAGCGGAAAGGGAGAGGGCGGAACAAAGGGCGAGGAAGAAGCUUGAGAAGAAAAGACGUGAAGCAAAACUUGAGGCCGAGUGGGGGGCGGAACUUCGCAAGGACAUUGAUAUCCAUCUGGCAAUCCGGCUGAGCGAGAUGGAAGAAAAUUUCUCCGCGAAGAUGAAGUACGUCAUUGAACCACUGAAGGAGUUGAUCAAGAAGGGCAAAAAGAAGGUGACAUAUGCGUCCGGGAGCGACUGCGCCACCGAUGAUACUAGCGAUACAAGUGUAACGCAGGAGCUAAGUGAGCGGACUAACAAGCUUUGCAUCUCUGAGAAAACGAAAUGAGGCCCGGAGCAGGUGUUGGGCGACAGCCCGCCAAUGAAGUUGCCCCCGAAAA